AUGAAAAGAAUAGACAAUGUUCUUGUAUUUCUUGUGUUGAUGCACUUUUAUAUCAUUCUUGUUCAUGCAACAGUUCAUGUUCGUGUGAUUAAUAUGCUUGGAGAAGGAAGGUCCAUCAUUUUACAUUGUCAAUCCAAAGAUGAUGACCUUGGCUAUGUCAUUUUGGAAAAUGGAUCUGAAUUUCAAUGGAGCUUCAAUGUUAAUUUCUGGGGUACUACUUUAUUUUUCUGCGGUUUGCAAUGGGAAGACUCGUAUCCGAGACAUUUUGAUGCAUAUAAUGCAAAAAAAGAUUAUAAUAGGUGUUUUACAGAAUGCAAAUGGUUAAUCAAUUCAGAUGGAGCCUUAUUUAGCUAUAAUCAAGGAUCAGAAAUAUGGGAGCCUUCUCCUUUUUCAACAACACCAUCCAUGAAAGAAGGGAAAAAUAUAACACAAGAUCACAUUAAAUGA